AUGUGCUCGAGUUUGAGCUUGACCAGGCUAUCCACCGGGUCCAAGGUCAAUUUCGAGCUCGUGUUGAAGAACAUUCCGGGAGUCAGAUGCACAGGGCCAGGCUCAAUGCUACCGACGUUUGAUCCGUUAAAUAGUAGAUCAAACUUGAGUCCCUCGAUGUCGCUAUCAAAAUUCACGUCGCUGGUAAUUCCGGCAGACACUAAGAUUUCGCACUUGGCGCUCGUUGACUUCAAAAGCUGCACAUCGUCCAACCGAAUUUGCAAGUUUCCGUACAGUGAAUCGACCGGCGUUCCUGUAGCAUUGUAUGUGAGAUUUGCAGGCAACCCGGUGAAUGUGCCCUGUAAGAAAUCCGAAUCCACUUCAAUGUCGAUUGUCGAGUUGAUUGGAACACUGAUGUUCUUACCUGCAAUGAAGUCGUUUGCGAUCUUCGCCAUGGCAACAGGGUCUCGGAUCUUGAAUGCGGUGUUAUCCAGCAAAACAUUCACCUGCAUUGUGUCAUAG